AUGAUAUCGCUACUUCCAGACCUGGACCAUUUGACGGGCGACGAGCAGGCGUGGUUUCUGACGUUUGCGUCGUCGGUGGCCUGCAUUCUGGGCUGUCUGAUUCUCUACGUGGACAGCGUCAUCUACGGGUUCCGACGCCUCAAGGGCUGGAUCACCGGAGAACCUGCGGGCGAAACGGAGGAUCUGUGGAACUCCAAGGGCUUUCUGAUCAUCUCGCUGUCGCUGUCAGGCGGCAUUCUCAUCUUCACCGCUCUUUACAGACUGUUUCCCCAGGCGCUGGUCUACCUGGAACACUCGGAGCUGCUGACGCCCCAACAAAGCAACUUUCUGGUUCUGGUCAUGUUCACCAGCGGCGUCAUUGUCUGUGCCGGAAUCAACUACCUGGUUCACGCCGCCACCUCCAAAUCAAUCGUCCAUUGCGUGCACGGAGACGAACGAAAAGAUAGCGCCGUCACCGCAACCUCCUCCUCCAGCCACACCCACACUGAACUACCACCACCACGUGCCCACACCCAGACACGAACCCACAGUCACGUCCAUGGUGGACACCAUCACGUGCAUCACCAGGAUUCUCCCCUCACCCACGCGACCCACACACACGUGAUCCCCGCGGGAGAAAUGUCCGAAAGCACCCCCUUGCUCCAUGUGGCUCCCAGAAAGCGGUCGAUUCUCGAUCUGGCCCAUGAAACCAUCAAGGGAGCGGCUCCUGUCGGAGAGUGUCGAGGAUACACCUGUGGCGACUGUUGUGCGCCCGAGGAUCAGGUGAUUUGCGACCCCGAUCCGUUUGAAGAGCCGUUUGCUUACCCCGGAGAAGAAUUCCGGUUCCAGGACGACCAUGCUCACGUUCACCAUGAUCGAGAGGACAUAGACGACAUUGAUCCUCUUGACGACCACCAUCAUGAUCACGACCAUCACGAUCACGAUCAUGACACUGAUCUGGAACACCAGGUCCAUCACCAUCAUGUUUCCACCCGACGUUCGCAUCUGUACUCCAUUGCGCUUCAGACGGGUCUGGCCAUCACUCUACACAAGCUUCCCGAGGGCUUCAUCACCUUUGCCACUUCUCACGCAGACAAGGAGCUCGGGCUCAACGUGUUUCUGUCGCUGGUGGUUCACAACUUCACCGAGGGAUUCACGAUUGCAUUUCCCUUUUACGCGUCGCUUCGGAAAAAGUGGCAGGCCGUGUUGCUGGCGUCCAUUCUGGGCGGCUGUUCCCAACCUCUGGGAGCAGUGGUGGCCUGGCUCAUGUUCCGGCACCAGAACCUGCAUACGGAUGCCACCGAUAUUCUGUAUGGGUCAAUUAUGGGCAUGACGUGCGGGUUUCUGUGCAUCAUUGGGCUGCAGAUGUACGGCACCGCCAUUGGUUUUGGAGGCACACAAAAGGUGUGUCUUACCAGUGCGUUUGCCGGUAUGUUUAUUGUUGGUUCUUGUUAUGCCUUGACCGCUUAG